AUGAAUGUAUCUGCUGAUACAACUGGUGAGAAGAUUGCUCUGAAUAUGACAGUAACCACUGGUAUUGUAGGAGCUAGUAAACAUACAUCAGAGAUGUUUGUGUUACAAGACUACGGCCAUAAGAUGCAGUAUGUUGUCGAGAAAGGGAUGUGCACAAAAUCAGCAAUGCAAGGUCCAUUUACAUUCAACUGUGUUCCAAAUAAUGCAACUGUUGUUAUGAAGACGACGGUUGGGUCAGACCAUACACCAGGAACAAUCUUUAAGAUACCGUUUGGCAGUAUUGGAGACGGUUAUUUAACUAUUACAGAUGAUGACUGUAUCCCUGUUCUAUACCAGGUCACUGCUAAUAUCAAUGGAAUGCAGACAAUGGAAUCAGUUGGUAUAUAUGAUGUCAAACAAGGAAUAAAGACAUGUCAGUGUUCACUAUUCCAAAAAUAUGUCGUACUCCAGGAACGGUUAUUAACGUUAACAGACCCCAGAUCAAAGUUGGAUUUUAGUUGAAUGACCAAGCAAGUCAUUAAAGAGUACGAAGGGUUAUCGACAUGGUUUCUGUGUGACAGUAAAUAAAUAUAAAGUAGUAUAUAAACAUCCUACUUAUUCUGUUGAUAAUUUCUGAAAAGAAUUUUGUGAU